UGUCUCUUUAAGUUGGUGUCAAAGCCGAUUACGAAGGAUCUCCGUCGUGAUUCCGUCUGUUCACUAGAUCUAUUUUUGUUUACGUCGCUGCAUGCACGUUAAGCUUAUAUUUUUUAAACUUGUGUAUUUCUGUGUUAUCUGCAUACUUUUAUAGCCAGCUUCAUUAAGUAAAAUAUUUAAUUUGCUCGAUGUUCUGUCAACAUCGCAGGCGUUUGGACUAUUCUGCGUGGGGUUGAUGCUAUAGACAACGCGCCAGGCACGUCAACUUUCCACUGCGCGUCUUAGCUAAGACAGGAUUACCGUAGGGUAAACAACGAUUUCAAACUUUCUCCACUCUUCUCUAAACUAUUGAACAUCUGAAGACUAUGUGGUCAUGCGAAACGGUGUGACUUUCAGAGACGGAAAAUGCAGAAAAGUGUUCGGUACAAUGAGGGGCACGCUCUGUAUCUCUCCGUGAUUGCGCGUAAAGAGGGCACCAAACGUGGCUGCUUGAGCAAAAAGACAACGGAAAACAGCCGAUGGAACGAGAAGUACUUUGCACUUUAUCAAAAUGUUCUAUUUUACUUCGAGAACGACCAGAGUACGCGGCCGUUGGGUAUCUAUCUGCUCGAGGGUUGUUCAUGUGAGAGGAUGCCAGCGUCAAAAGUCUCCUCUGUUGGCAAAGAGGCACAGGACAAGCAGCAACACUACAUCCUGGUCGUCUUUGGCCACGAUGGUCAGAAACCGCUGGAGCUGCGGACGGAGGAGGAGGCCGUCUGUAACGAGUGGGUGGAUGCCAUCCAGCAGGCCAGCUACUCUGACAUCAUCAUCGAGCGCGAGGUGCUCAUGCAGAAGUACAUCCACCUGGUGCAGAUCAUGGAGACGGAGAAGGUGGCAGCCAAUCAGCUGAGGACGCAACUGGAGGACCAGGACACGGAAAUCGAGCGCCUCAAGGCCGAGAUUGUUGUUCUGAAUAAAGCCAAGGAAAGGAUGCUCCCUUACCAAACCAAUCAGGAAGAGGAGGAUCCAGAUAUCAAAAAAAUUAAGAAGGUGCAGAGCUUCAUGCGUGGCUGGCUGUGCCGGCGGAAGUGGAAGAUCAUCGUGCAGGACUACAUCUCCUCGCCGCACGCCGAGAGCAUGAGGAAGAGGAACCAGAUUGUCUUCAACAUGGUGGAGGCCGAGACCGAGUACGUGCUGCAGCUCUCCAUCCUGGUCAACUGCUUCCUGCGGCCGCUGCGAAUGGCCGCCAGCUCCAAGAAGCCCCCCAUCAACCAUGACGAUGUCAGCAGCAUCUUCCUCAACAGUGAAACCAUCAUGUUCCUGCAUGAGAUAUUCCACCAAGGCCUCAAGGCGCGCAUCGCCAACUGGCCAACACUAGUGUUAGCGGACCUAUUUGACAUCCUGCUGCCCAUGCUGAACAUCUACCAGGAGUUUGUGCGGAACCACCAGUACAGCCUGCAGGUUCUGGCCAACUGCAAGCAGAACCGGGACUUCGACAAGCUGCUCAAGCAGUACGAGGCCAACGCAGCGUGUGAGGGGCGCAUGCUGGAGACCUUCCUCACCUACCCCAUGUUUCAGAUCCCUCGCUAUAUCAUCACUCUGCAUGAGUUGCUGGCCCACACGCCCCAUGAGCACGUGGAGAGGAAGAGUCUGGAGUUUGCCAAGUCCAAACUGGAGGAGCUCUCCAAGAUGAUGCAUGAUGAAGUGAGUGAGACAGAGAACAUCCGUAAGAACCUGGCCAUCGAGAGGAUGAUCGUGGAGGGCUGCGACAUCCUACUGGACACCAGCCAGACGUUCGUGCGCCAAGGCUCUCUGAUCCAGCUGCCAUCUGCUGAGAAAGGCAAGCUGGGCAAGGCGUGGCUGGGCUCGCUCUCCCUGCGUAAGGAGGGCGAGCGUCAGUGCUUCCUCUUCACCAAGCACUUCCUCAUCUGCACGCGCACCUCCGGGGGAAAGCUGCACCUGCUCAAGCAAGGAGGAGCGUUGUCUCUGAUCGAGUGCACCCUCGUGGAAGAGCUCGAUGCCAACGAUGAGGAUUACAACAGUGCCGGUCAGGGUCUGAACCAUCUACAGUUCAAGGUCGUGGUGGAACCGCAGGACGGUCCGUCCUUCUCCGUGGUCCUCCUGGCACCCUCACGCCAGGAGAAGGCGGCCUGGACCAGCGACAUCAGCCAGUGCAUUGACAACAUCCGCUGCAACGGCCUCAUGACCAGUGUGUUUGAGGAGAACUCCAAAGUCACCGUGCCUCACAUGAUUAAGUCUGACGCGCGGUUGCACAAAGACGAUGUGGACAUCUGCUUCAGCAAGACGCUCAACUCGUGCAAGGUGCCGCAGAUCCGCUACGCCAGCGUGGAGCGUCUGCUGGAGAGGCUGACCGACCUGCGCUUCCUGUCCAUCGACUUCCUCAACACCUUCCUGCACACCUACCGCCUCUUCACCACCGCCGCCGUCGUCAUGGACAAGCUGGCCGACAUCUACAAGAAGCCCUUCACCUCCAUUCCCGUCAGGUCCCUUGAGCUCUUCUUCGCCAACAACCAGGGCCCCUGGAGUGGGGACCACCUGAACAGCAAAUCCCCUCGCCUGGCGCGCAAGUUCUCCUCCCCGCCCCCGCUCACCAUCCCGCUGCGCACCUCCUCCCCGGUCCACUCGCGCAAGCUCUCCCUCAGCUCCCCCGUGGGCAGCAAGGGUGGUGUUCUGGACCUCACCACCAGCACCGCCAGCAGCCCUACUUCUACCCACAACCCCCUGGUGUCCUCCCCACCCCCCACCAGCACCAAGGCCCCUUUGGACCUCAGCCGAGGCCCCAGCUCCCCCGAGCCAGGCGCCAGUCCCCCAGAGGAGAUCGGCGGGGAGCUGCCUCGUAUCGACGCCUUCUGUGGGAAACUGAGGAGGAGCAUCCGCCGAGCUGUUCUGGAGACGGUGUCGCUGGAUAAGUUCAUCCCUGAGGCACCGACCCCCAGUGAGUCUGGAGAUCUGUCUCCAUCCAGGUCGCCCUCCACGCCCAGACACAUGCGCUACCGCCAGCCUGGAGGCCAGUCCAAUGAAAACUCCCGCUGCACAAUGUCACCAGCUUCCGCCUUUGCCAUCGCCACGGCAGCAGCUGGACACAACACCCCUCAAGCUUUCAACGCGCCGGAGAAGUCCUACGACAAAGAGUUCCUCAUCCGGCGGGCAGCUACCAACCGAGUACUCAAUGUCCUACGCCACUGGGUCUCCAAACAUUCCCAGGACUUUGAGACGAAUGGAGAACUGAAGUCAGGGGUGAUCGGUCUUCUGGAAGAGGUUCUGAGGGAUCCAGACCUGCUGCCUCAAGAAAGGAAAGCCACUGCCAACAUACUAAGUGCCCUUUCUCAGGAUGACCAGGAUGAUUCCGUGCUCAAGAUUGAGGACAUUCUCCAAAUGACUGAGUGCCCAAGGGCUGAGUGCUUUGAUUCGUUAUCAGCCAUGGAGUUGGCCGAACAGAUCACCCUACUGGACCACAUUGUGUUCAGGAGCAUCCCUUACGAGGAGUUCCUUGGCCAGGGAUGGAUGAAGGUGGACAAAAAUGAACGAACUCCGUACAUCAUGAAGACCAGCCAGCACUUCAAUGACAUGAGUAACCUGGUGGCGUCGCAGAUCAUGACCCACACUGAUGUGGGCUCCAGGGCCAGCUCCAUAGAGAAGUGGCUCGCUGUGGCUGACAUUUGCCGCUGCCUGAACAACUACAACGGCGUCCUGGAGAUCACCUCUGCUCUGAACCGCAGCGCCAUCUACAGGCUGAAGAAGACAUGGACCAAAGUGUGCAAGCAGACCAAGGCUCUCAUGGACAGGCUGCAGAAGACCGUGUCAUCUGAGGGCAGGUUUAAGAAUCUAAGAGAGACUCUGAAAAACUGCAACCCUCCCUCCGUGCCCUACCUGGGCAUGUACCUCACAGACCUGGCCUUCAUCGAAGAGGGCACGCCCAACUUCACAGAGGAGGGCCUGGUGAACUUCUCCAAAAUGAGGAUGAUAUCCCACAUCAUACGAGAGAUCCGGCAGUUUCAGCAGACACCUUAUAGGAUAGAGCACCAACCAAAGGUCACGCAGUUCCUGCUGGACAAGACCCUGGUGAUGGACGAAGACACCCUCUAUGAACUUUCCCUGAAGAUUGAACCCAGGAUGCCUACAUGAAACCACACGACAGAUGUCACCUUGUUUUUUUCGAGAAAAGACUUGUAAACAAACAAACAACAAUACAAAAAAGUAGAAGGUGUUUUGCUCCUCUGGAAACACAGGAUACCAUCUAUGGAAGGGAACAGUCUGGCCAUCCUGAAGAUGGACAAAUCUGUAAAGCCAUACACAGCUAUCCUCAGGGAUUGCUUAUAAAUCAGCUCUUCUAGUAGUUGUUCACCAACAUUUGGAUCACUUCCAUCCGUUCUAAAAGGAUUUGACCAAAUCAAAUUAUUGCCAUUGAAUGGUGAAGAACUCAGGUCAGUAAGUGCCUUUUGUAAAUAUUGUAUGUACAGUCUGAAGAAUCUUGUAGAUAACAUUUGGAAGAAGGUUUUAUACAAUAUUGGACAUAAAAAAUACCAGUGAAAUGAUUUCAGUGUAAAAUGUAAGUUUUUAAAGCUGUGCUUUGUCACAAAACUAGCAUGUGCAAGCGUAUGCUAUGCUAUAGAAAAUACUGGCUACAAUGAGCUUCCUUUGGGUACAAUGGUGCCGACCGCUGUAGUCCUCAAAGGACUGGGUCUGUAUAAAAGAGCUCCCUCUACUGGUUGAUACGUGAAGUGAAAACACAAUCUCAUGUUUGUAUGGCAAAGAAGGGCAUCCAAUAUCAUGUACAAUAUGGAGAGUGCUGACGUUUCACAGAGUAUUUCUCCGAGUUUUUAGAAAACAACAAUCCUUUUUGACACAUCCUUGGAACAAACCACAAUUUUCCUACAUUUUCAAGACUGUUGUAUAUCUUAGACAUGCUAGACCAUAAAGAAAUAUGGGAAGCCCUGAAGAAACUUUUGUAAACAAUUUUCCAUUAAAACCAACAGUAGGGCUCCGCAUUGUUAUGUCGGGGCAUAAAUAUGUGUUCUUCCUCUGAGACGAGAGGGCAUGUUACACCUACUAAUUGAGUUUCAUGAGUAAGAACAGCACGCUACACAUUGUCCAGCAUUCCUGCAGUUGCUCACUCCCAAGAAGUUUUGUUUCACCAAGUAGACGUUGGGCUUGGCCAUAAUGUCCUCCUCCAUAUUAAAGUCUGUGUCUGUGUGUUCAGGCCUU